AUGGUAAUGCUGUCACUUUUCAGAAUAAAAUUCGAGGUCCUCUUCGGAGCGAAUUCACUCACUAAUUGCUCUCUUAAAGGAGAACCUGAAGGUGUGCCAUCAAGCUCCAAACUAAACCGCACCGUCUUCAUGAUUGGCAACUGGCAACUCGACUCAUCCGUAGGCACCACGCCCUUCCCAUCUCUCCAUUACACUUUCAUGUUACCUGCUGCGACUACUACGGUACCAUCUAUACUCGCCCACUCCCCCCCGCCGCCUCAUCUCUUUUUCUUCUUCCCCCCCUUCAACCCCUUCUCCCUAAUCUCCGUCUCCCACGCCUUAGCAUUCUUCUUAUACAACAUCAGCGCCGCCCUCGCAUCCUCACACGAGUCAUGCUCAUCCUUCUGA